AUGAAUUUAUGUCGCCUGAGGGACACACAACGUGCACUCUCUGUUCCUGUCACUCUCAUACUCCGGUGGGACGACCACUCGACAAGACCAGUGAGAGUUAAGGCGCAGGACCGACGGCUUUACGUGCUCUCCGAGCACGGGGGCGAAACACCGCCAACUUCCCAACUCCGGGCUGUUACUGAGGCUUUAUAUGAUGAUGAUGAUGAUGUUCUCCUAGCCGAUUCCGGCCACGGCGGCCAAUCUCAA